UGCAUUUGUAGGGUGUAGGGUGUUCUUUGCUUGUUAGAAGUGUCGGUAAGCAGUCUAGCGGUCGGUGCGUGUAUGGGGAAGGAAUGUCGGCGGCCUCGAUUCCUAUUUAGGAUUCGAAAGAGCGUGUCGCUGUCCUGAGCGUUUGCAGGUCAGUGCCGAGAAGUCAGUCGUCGGUCCAUUAGCAGCUUGUGACGUGCAUCCGUUUUGUUUUUGUUGUUUAUUCAAAUACCCAAGAGUCGCUGAUGUGUUUCUGUACACGGCUGUAAUUUCAUUUGCAUGCUCUAUCGAUAAAGCCGGAUAAAAACGGAUCAUAGGUUGUGACACAAACUCGCCAUCCAGACACGUAGGGAGAAAAUGUGCCGAGAAAGUUGAAACCCGAAACGGUUUGCUCCAGGUGUACGCCAUGGCCUGGAGCUGUCUGUGUGUGUGUGUGAGAGAGAGAGAGAGCAUGUGAACGUGUGCAUGUUUGCGUUAUCGGAGCUAGCUGAGGGCCUGGCUGUGUUUAGCUUGGCUUGCCUGGCACUCACAUUAACAGCCUCCUGCGUUCUAGGGACUCGGCGCACGCAGCUCGCCUCGCAUGUUUUCAAGGACACUCAUCUGGAAGCCAGGUCGUGACAGGCCGAUUUAUCGCCUAGACUCUCGUCGUCGUCGUCGUCGUUUCCAACCCGCACAAAUCAAAUGUACGUGAAUAUGGACCGAGAAAGGUGAAAGCGUCAAACCAAGACGACAAACAGCGCCGAACAAAUACGCGUAGAACUGAUUCGAGACGAGCUUGUUCUGACAUCUAAAACUGACCCAAUACCUAAGAUUAUAGUCGAAUGACAUUUUGCUUCCUGAACCAAUGAGUGCUCUAGACCUUAGAAAAAAAGCGAUUCAUUUUGGAAUCGAGGCAGGUUUCCUUCUAAGACGUACCGUGUCGGAGCGCCCUCAUAUCGGCCGCCACCUCCUUUGUUUUAAGAGAAUGUCUAUAAAGUGAACUUGAUGGAUGAAUCAUCUGUGAAUUCUGUACAUCUGGUAAGAGUUUGGAGAUCUGGAAAAGACAUUAGGGGGAGAAAGAAGAGGGGGGUGGGGAGGGGUGAAAAAACAAAACAAAAAACGAGAGUCGGAGAGCAUAGGGCCUUGAGGAACACCCCCAGCAUGCGUAGUCCUGUAAUUGAAAAUCACAACCUGACAAAUCUUCCUGCGUAGGAGAACUUAUGACUUGCAUGUGGGGGAAUAAUAGAUUUAUUCUCUUGAUAUUUUGUCCAUAUUGUUUGAAAAUCAUUGUAAGUGAUAUCAUUGCUAUUGGAGAUUGUUUUUUUUUUGUUGUUGUUUUUUUUUUAACGUUACUAGGAAAAGGAUUCAAAUAAGAUGCUAGUAACACGAGGAAAUAACGUUUCAUCACGUAAAACAAGCUCCAACCUUCUGUUUCUCCGCUAUCGAACUUCCAGGACUUCCAGAAUUUGCCAUCUCGUUAUCCCAGCGCUCAGAGUGUAGCUAGCUGGAAAAAAAGAAGAAAAAAAAAAACGCCUGAUCCUGAUUGGUUAAUCUUGUUUCUCACCAUAGCGGCAGGUAGCCGAUAAAACGCAAUUAAACGAACUCGACGUCUGCGGCGGUCAUUAUUAAAGCGCGAUUAACGCGCAGAACAACGUGUUAUGUAACAACGUAUAUAUUGUAUAAUUAUCCGUAGGGUACGCUGUGUUAUCGAAACGCCCAUGAGUUAGUCAUCGACUGUGAUGGAGGAGUACGCACCUCAUAACUUCUUAUCAGAAGAAUUUUCGAUUAUUUAAAAAAAAAACAACAAAAAAAAAACAUAGCUACAGUAGCUAUGUUUCCAUCCACAUGCAAAAAAAAAAAAAAAACAACACUGGACUUAAACCGCGAAUAAAAUCAACGUAUUGAAAAAAAAAAACAACUCAAUUUGAGGCUUUUCUUUUUUUUUUAUUCGAUAAGAAGACACGCAUAAACUACGGUGGAAACACAUCUACCGAAUAAAUAAAUUCCUCGACUUUACCUCAGGAAUAAAAAAAAAACCGCGGAGAGCGAGAUUCGCCGGAUUCCUCAGAAGUGGUGAUUUUGCUCUGAACACACGGGAUAGAAACGGUGCUUUAUCCGCGAAUGUUUUAUACGACGUUCCAAUUUUUCGCACAAGUCAAAUUCUUGGAUCGGAAGGAAACGUUGCUAUUGUUUAACCGGCACUAAUGACUUAAAGAUGGACCCACGAUCCUCUGCAAGCACACACUUGCGUAACAGUGUCCUGUCUCUUCACCAACCCCUUCCUUCACCCCCCCUCCAGCCCGCGACUGCGGAAGUAUGUCUUUCUUACAGUUCUUGGCUCUAUCUAAGCAGAUCAGAUCCUUGCAUAACAUUCACAAAAUCACGUGCCUUACGAUCCCCCUGCUAAAUUGGCACUGUAAUAACGACUUCUUUUUUUUUUUUUUUCUUCUUCUCCCUACGCAAGCAUAAUAAACUUAUCCAUGAUGUCUAACGAUCACUCAUUCUUCCCCGCACAGCUGUAUUUAUUAUCUUCUGCAAUAAAUCCUGGAUGCCGUCUUCACGUACACGCCAUAAAAACGAUGACCAAUUUUUACAAAAGGAAAAAAAAAAAAAAAAAAACGCGCAAAUGUAAUCGAGCCUAAUCUCUUUCUCUUUCUAUGUGUAUAUGCGCGUUGUGUCAGACUCUCGGCUGGCGUCUGCGCGGCUCCGGAUCGUUCCGUGCCCCGGGCGAGAGCAGACCCUUCGCCCGUUGCAGCAUGUGCGUUUGGCUCCUUUCGUUUAUUCAGCGUUUGUGCACAUGGGCCCAAGAUGUGAUUUUUCCUCAGGUUCACAUACAACAACAAAGCGGAAAGAACGGAGUCCACGUUAAUCAGCUGGUAAUCAACUCCUCGUUAGAGCGCAGACUUUGGAAAUCGUCCUGAAGGCCCGUGCGAGGUUUUAUACGUCGACGUUUUUAGCGGACGCUUUUAUCCGUUCCGCCGUACCUCUCAGCAGUGUUUUGGUCUGAGAGAGAAAGCCCCUGGAUUCCCUAUCAGCCCUGUUGCCGAGCUAUAAACCUCUUUAUGACAGGAAAGCGACGAGAGAAAGUGAUGCAGAGAGAGACGGAGGCAAAACGUCUUCUCUGGUUUUGUCUUUCUCUCUGACCCGGGUUAUUCUUUGACCGGUUUAUAGCCGUCUGAAAGGGGACGCGUUAAAUCGCUCCUCUGUCUACCAUCUGCGUCAUAAAGGCCCGUCACAGCCAUCACUUCACACUUGUCAGGAGCAAAGUGCGUGCCCGGCGUGUCGGCCAUAAAGAUGGCCUGAUAAGGAGCACUAUAUCCCCACCACGCUACGAAUCCUGUUGCCGUUUCUGCAGCUCAGCUUCACGGUUUUUUAAUUAAAAAAAGAAAAACCGAUCCUAGACAUUUUUAUGGGAUAUCGGAACAGACAUGGCGGUGAACGUGCCGUAGAACUGCUCGGCGGUCAGAUACGAUUAAUUUUGGUGUAUAAAUCGAUUUUGUUUUCGUAUUUGGGGUCUAGCCACCUUGCCCGUCCAAAUAAGUUCGACUCUUUAAAACAAAUGACAUCUUGCUCGGUCAUUUCCUGGCAAAGGAAGUCAUUUGUUAAAAGAAGGGAAGGAAGCGAGGCCGAUUCAUUAGCUGGCUAAUUUCUUCUGCUAAUUGUAAAAAUGGAUGACUGAUCAAAGCCCUUAUAGGACCCGUGUCGUGCGUACCGUGUACGCGUAUGCGAUCUCGUUUCACGAGAAAAGCUCCUUAUUUAGAGUAACAAGUAAAGAAUUGGUCCGUUGUAAAUGCUUCACCCCGAGGCUGACGGAAACCCGAAUGCGACGUUGCGUCUGAUUCCAAGUCUGACUGAUUACUUCAAUCAGAGCCUUCGCUCGCACAUCCUUGAGAUUUCUGUUCGAACAUGUUCGACGCCCACGGCAUUUUAUUAAACAACUUGUCUUCUCGUAUCUAUCGGACAACGACCGGUCGAUUUUACUGCGGCGUUUAAUGCUUGUUGCACAGCCUCAUACUCCGUACUUAUCCUAGCAGCUCCAUAGCUCCCGAAAUGCAGAGGUACCAACCGCUACGGUUUCGCCAUUCGACCCCUUCGUACGUUCCGUGAGCCAAGGAGCCAACUGAAAACUUCCUUUCAGAUAAAGCAGAGGUCAAAACGAACGUCAAUAACCUGGCACAAAAGCCAAUCGUUCGAAAGGCGAGGGACGUCGAAGUAGUACGUGCAGCGGAUUUGAAUAAUACUGCGUGUAUUUAAUGUGUAGGACUAUCCAAAAGACGUGUUCAGGGUCCAUGGUUGAAGUCUACGAGGUACUCUGGUCAAAAAUAAAUAAAAUGAAAUGAAAUAAAAAGAAAUCUUCAGCUUGUCCAUUUUGGGGGAUGAUUUUUUUUCUGUGGAACCUGAAGGAACAAGAAGGAUUUGUCUUUUUUGGAAAAGACUUAGCGUGCUAAAAAUCCUUUCCCCAUUCAUCAAGGAGCGCUCGAGAAAGGCUUUCUUCGUCAUCCGUUCGGCCGUUCGUCUCGUUUGGUGACGCCAAACGUCUCGAGAUUGAGCCCUUGAACUUGAUUCCCACCAAUCUGCUCCACUUGCACUCAGUCCACUCCACUGCGCUAAACCUUGCUGGCUGCAUUCACCAUUGAAUGGCUUCAGCCAGAGAUGGCAAUCAUAGAAAUUGGUGUGCGAUGAUGAAGAGAUCUUGGUCAUUCUUGUUAGACCUGAGAUACAGUCAGCUCCUCGGUUUCUACAAGUUGCACUCGGUAAGACCGUCUCCUCGGGGAACAGACGGACACACGGAGCCCUCACGGCCCCGCGGAUUCUACAGGGAAGCGGCUGGGAAAAGGGGAGUGUUUUGCUCAGCCUACACACCAGCAGCGAUUGUGACAGCCGUUUGAGUUACGACCUCGGGGUUAAGCGGUAGGUGUGAAAGUUAACGUCAUCAGAUAAGAUAAAGCGGGCGAGACAAAGCAGGGCGACCGGGGCGGAUCAAAUCAAAGUUAUAUAAACACUCGAUUCCUUUCCUCCUUGAGCACGUGGCCUUUGAAGUUGUAAACCACCAGCGAGUACGGUUGCUGAGACGGAAGCCUGGCCGCGGCGAACUCUGGUAAACUCGACAAGUAAAACUUUGUCGUGAACGUGUUUUUACCGGUAACUGAUUCACAUAUUUCUCAACGUACAUUCGGUAUGUACGGACUUUACUGGCGUCCGUGGAUUACUUUCAGUCAUUUGUUCUGGAUUUAGGCGUUCAGACCGUCGACUAAACAAGCUCCUUCAUGGAGCCAAGCACUAGGAAUGGGUGACAUGAUAUAAUAUUGUUAUCAUGAAGACGUCUCGGUUGGUUCCACUGGCGUUACACUAAGAAAUAAACGUGAUGUUUAUAGGGAAAUAAUCAGCAGAGCUACUGUUACAGAGGUAAAGUUGAUGAUUUUCCAAUAAUAGGAUGCGCCAGAAAGUUUCAUCUCAACCACAGUCAUUCAAAAGUCCCUCUUAAACCACAGUAAUUUUCCAAUGUUGACAAUAGCGGCGUUUCCAUCCACGUUGCAAAUUUAAACUUAUGUGAAAAAAUUGGAGAGGCGGGUCUGGGAGGUAAAGUUCAGGGCCACUGCGGGACUCGAGCCCCCAACCCUGGAGGUGUGGACUUGGACCCCCAACCCUGGAGGUGUGGACUCGAACCCCCAACCCUGGAGGUGUGGACUCGGACCCCCAACCCUGGAGGUGUGGACUCGGACCCCCAACCCUGGAGGUGUGGACUCGGACCCCCAACCCUGGAGAAACCUGAGCCACAACAUGCUGACGGCAGUCGAUACGGACAUCCUCUCUAAUCUGCCCAACCUUAAAGAAGUGAGACUGGACCACAAUGAGCUGACAUCAAUCCCCGAGUUUGGCAGCGCCUCGCCGGCCAUCGUCACAAUCCAUCUGCACCAUAAUAAGAUUAGCAGCAUGCAGGGCAGCCGUCUCCGAAACCUCACCCACCUGGAGACUCUGGAUCUGAGUAAUAAUGACAUCAUCGAUGUGAGAGAGCACUGUUUCCCCCGUGGCCUCCGCGUCCGAGAGCUGUCGCUCAGCGGUAAUAAAAUCGUACACCUGGAGUUUGGCGCGUUCAGGAAUCUGAACGACACGCUGCAGGUCCUGAGGCUCGGCAGGAACCGGCUCACCCAGCUGCCCGUCAAAGGCCUCGAGCUUCCCAGACUAACGCAGCUGGACCUGAGCAGGAACCGGCUGCGCUUGAUCGAAGGCCUGACCUUUCAGGGUCUCUCCAACCUGGAGGUCUUGAAGCUCCAGAGGAACAACAUCAGCAAACUCACGGAUGGAGCGUUCUUCGGCCUGGCACGCAUGAGAACCCUCCAUUUGGACUAUAACAGUCUGAAAGAGGUGAACAGUGGCUCUCUGUACGGCCUCCAGUCUUUGCUACACCUCCAUCUGUCCAACAACUCCAUCUCAAGCUUCAACCCUGAGGGAUGGCGCUUCUGCGAGAGGCUGCGAGAGCUGCAUCUGGGACAUAAUAACUUGACGAAGCUGGCUGAGGGCAGUUUUGUUAAGCUAGCCAACUUGCAGACUCUUCAACUGAGCCACAACUCCAUCAGCUAUAUAGCAGAGGGGGCUUUCAGAGGUCUCGGCUCCUUACGCUUACUGGAGCUUGACCACAAUGACAUUUCUGGAACAAUCGAGGACACCAGUGGUGCCUUUGCAGGCCUGAAGAAACUCCGGAAGCUGACGCUGUUCGGAAACAGGAUCAAGUCAGUGGCCAAGAAAGCCUUCUCAGGCCUGGAAGCCCUGGAGCACCUAAACCUGGGCGGAAAUGCCAUCCUCUCCAUUCUACCAGACGCCUUCAACAGUAUGAAGAAUCUCCACAUCCUCGAGAUCUCGAGCGAUAGUUUCCUGUGCGAUUGCCAGCUGCACUGGUUUCCUGAGUGGGCGGUGGCACGAGAGCUACAGGCUGGCGUCCACGCCACGUGCGCACACCCCGAGAGCCUGAAGGGCACCAGCAUCUUCCAGGCUCCAGCACAGAGCUUCGUUUGUGACGACCUGCCCAAACCUCAGAUCACGGUUCACCCCACCCCCACAGCCGGUGUGUUAGGGAAAGACGUGCGUUUAACGUGCAUGGCGGUAAGCAGCAGCAGCUCGCCCAUGACCUUCACGUGGAGGAAAGACCAGGAGCCGCUGCCUCACGCCCACGUGGAGAACUUUGCCCACUCCACCUCCAGAGACGGAGCAGGAAUCAUGGAGUACACAACCGUCCUCCAUCUGCGCGACGUCAAGUUCGAGGACGAGGGCCGCUACCAGUGCGUCAUCUCCAAUCACUUCGGCUCCACCUACUCCAACAAGGCGCGCCUCAGCAUCAGCGUGCUGCCUUCAUUUGUGAAGACCCCACGUGACCUCACUAUCCGGGCUGGCGCGAAGGCUCGUCUGGAGUGUGCGGCAAAAGGUUAUCCGCCUCCGCAGGUUGCUUGGCAGAAAGACGGUGGCACGGAUUUCCCGGCAGCCCGCGAGCGGCGCAUGGAGGUGAUGCCCGACGAUGAUGUGUUCUUCAUAAUGCAAGUCAAGCCCGAGGACAUGGGUGUGUACAGCUGCACAGCCAGAAAUACAGCAGGCAUGAUCUCCGCCAACGUCACGCUCACCGUGCUGGAAAUGCCCCACCUGCUCCAGGGGAUGGAGGACCGCAGUGUGGUGCUGGGUGAGGCGGUGGCGCUGCAGUGUAAGGCCGUGGGUAGCCCCCCUCCGCGCAUCACCUGGCUGCGUGGUGGCGAGCCGCUGCAGCCGAGCGAGCGCCACCAUUUUACCCACGCCAACCAGCUUCUGGUGAUCAGCAGCACCACGCCGGAGGACGCCGGCCGCUACACUUGUGUCAUGUCCAACCCUCUGGGCACCGAGCGUGCCCAGUGCAGCCUGACCGUGAUCCAGCGUCCCGGUGCCAACUGCCACGUGAACACCAGCCCUGGAGCGGUCACCAUAGGCAUCGUCGUGAUUGCCGUGGUGACGAGUGUCGUCGCGACUUCUUUAGUGUGGGUGUGCAUCAUCUACCAGACGAGGAAGAAGAGCGAGGAGUGCAGCGUCAACACGGACGAGACCAUCGUUCCUCCCGAUGUCCCAAGCUACCUGUCCUCGCAGGGGACGCUGUCUGAGAGGCAGGACGUGUGCAUACGAGUAGAAUCAAGCGGAGGGUCCCAACCAAGCGGCCACACACACAGCAACGGAGGUUUUGAUGUUCCAGUCUUGUGUACUGAGUGCAUGGAAAACAGUAGCAGUUACUCCAGGCCAUCAGCCUUCCUCUGCCAAGGCAUUACGCCUCCUUCAGGAAUGGAGUACCAGCAGAUGCAGCCUCCAUCGACCUUCACUAGCCAUAAGACGGCUGAGGGGCACUGUAAUGGAACGCCGAACGGAGUCAGGAAGGAGGUGACGCCGACGUUGUACAGGAAACACUGCGAUACAAAAGGAUCUCCGUCGAGCAGGACGGGAACGCCGUCUCCGAGCGAGAGCCACCGUCGGCCGGUAAAGCCGACCUCCGUUCACUCCACCUGCACGGACUCUGAGUUCACAAAGACUCUAUUACCCAACGGGCACACACACUCGAGCGAGACCGCCCCCCUCAGGCGGGCUAGUGACUAGCGCCUCGUGGAAUACCAAGCGAAGACUUUUUCGUUUUUGCGAAUUGCUAUUUUCUUUGUAUCCUGUUUGCACUGUGAACUGCUACCUCACACCGAGGGGCGCAUGUGGAGCUCGUCCAGCGUCUGAUCGCAGAGUCUAGGCGUCCGGGUUUGAAGGCGAAGCUUGAACGGGGGGGCCAUCGGUGUCCCGGUCCGAGCGUUACACCUGUACAUGGUGUUUAAAUCCUCCUCAGGGAGGCUUCGUUCACCGCUGCAAAAAAAAAACAAACAAACAAAAAAAAAGGAUAUACGUGACUUGCAUUUGAAGCAUGUUAAUGUAGGGAAUAUUGUAUGAUACGACAGAGUGCUAUAAUGUUGGACUUUAAAUUGUACAUAAGAGUUUUCAUAUAUAUAUAUAUAUAUAUAUAUAUAUAUAUAUAUAUAUAUAUAUAUAUAUAUAUAUAUAUAUAUAUAUAUAUAUAUAUAUAAUCUAUAUCUAUAUCUAUAUUAUUAUUAUUAGAUAACUUUUACAGAAGAGUAUUUGAAUCUAUUCUGUGCAUGGUCCGAUCAGAGUGAUGCUAUUUUUCCUCUCUUUUUAUAAACCUCCCAGCCUGGUGCCUUACAGCAUGAACAAAGAAUCUGCGAGUCCGUCGCCCGUCUCUCGGGACGAGACUCUUCUCUGUCGUGAAAUGGAAACAUUUCCCUGCACUUGAAACUGAGAUAAAACACUACAAUCUCCAGCUACAAGCCUUGCCUUAUGAUACGGUUCAUAUCUGCCGGUCUUGAAUGAAAGAAACCAUUUAGAGGCCCAGUAUGGUACGAUAAGAUCGAGGGCGGGUGAAUCAGCACUUUGUUGAUAAUAAUAAUAAUAAUAAUAAUUAUUAUUAUUAUAAUAAUAAGAGGAAGAAGAUUCAACACCGUUCUCAAGAUUUAAAUACGUCUAGGGAGGUUGAAAUUUUCACGCUUCGUCACUAGAAUAAAUGUUGAACUCGAACAGAAAGGCUUAAGCAGCCUAUUUUACAAUUCCACAGGCAAGACCUACUAACCGUGGAGCUUAAAAACUGUGAUUUUCAUCAUUUGCACAGCCUUAAAUCCAGGAUAGGGGUUCGGGUGGGGGCAAGAUUCAGCUCUUCCAUUUGCUAAAGGUACCAAAUGCUAGUAGUUAGCCAGUGGUGCAUAUAAACAGUACUGUUCUGGUUUAUUUUUUAUUUGACCUCAUUUUAUAACACCACUGAGGGAAGCGAUGUGAAUGUGGUCACCUCAGAAGAAAAGACAACUUCAAAACCUAAAACGUGUGCUGACAACAAAGCAUUGUUAGAAAUUUCCUUCUGUGACUAAAGGGAGAAAGAUUUUUUAUUUUAUUUAUUUUAUUUUUUUUUUUUUUAAUGUACUUACACAAGGAAAAGGGCAUCAUUAUCUGUGUUAGCUGCUGUUCAGGAGUUUUCAAUGUCUACAUACAGGGAAUGGCCAGUAUCUUCAGUAAACACCAUUAGAUAAUGCUACGUCAACGUUACUAAACGCCUCAUUAGCUAAUGCUAACUCUAGCCACUUUAAACCAAAUAAUAGGUACUAAGCAAAUAACUCAAAUCUGUCUUGAGGUUUUUUUUUCCCCCCACAGAAACCAAACUGAGGGAAUUUUUUUUUUUCUUUAGGAGUUAGCUAGCAGUUCUUUUAACUAGCUACGUUACAGCAGUUCUGUCAGUCUGUUACCCAACUAACUGGUUUACAAAACCUAGAUUUGAGCUAACCGGCUAACUCGGAGAAAGGUCUUGGCUUCAUAUUCCUGUCAGAAAUACGAACAAGGUUUUUUUUUUUUUUUUUUUUUUUUUAGUUACCUGCUAAUUUCCAUAGCUCGUGUGGCGUAACGGACUUCUUCACCUUCCUUUCAGAUUAAUUUAUUGAAAUGAACUCAAACGGCUGUACAUUUGCAAUGCUGAGAAUGUUGACGUGUGGGCAAGUCGACAUGUCUAUUAAAAUCACGUUCUUGCUCUUUGA